AUGAACAAGAUCCAAGUGGCCCAUAUAGACGGCCCAGCAGCUUUGACCUCCAUCUCCCCACCACACCUCCUCGCCAUCCCUCCUCACCACAACUCCCCACCACAUCUCCCCACCACACCUCCUCACCACACCUCCUCACCACACCUCCCCAUCACACCUCCCCACCACACCUCCUCACCACACCUCCCCAUCACACCUCCCCACCACACCUCCUCACCACACCUCCCCACCACAUCUCCCCACCACACCUCCCCACCACACCUCCCCACCACACCUCCUCACCACACCUCCCCAUCACACCUCCCCACCACACCUCCUCACCACACCUCCCCACCACACCUCCCCAUCACUCUCCUCACCACACCUCCUCACCACCCCUCCCCAUCACACCUCCCCACCACACCUCCCCACCACACCUCCUCACCACACCUCCCCACCACACCUCCUCACCACACCUCUCCAUCACACCUCCUCACCACACCUCCUCACCACACCUCCCCAUCACACCUCCCCACCACACCUCCCCUUCACACCUCCUCACCACACCUCCCCACCACACCUCCCCAUCCCACCUCCUCACCACACCUCCCCAUCCCACCUCCUCACCACACCUCCUCACCAUACCUCCUCACCACACCUCCCCACCACACCUCCCCAUCACACCUCCUCACCACACCUCCUCACCACACCUCCCCAUCACACCUCCUCACCACACCUCCCCAUCACACCUCCCCACCACACCUCCCCAUCACACCUCCCCACCACACCUCCCCACCACACCUCCUCACCAUACCUCCCCACCACACCUCCCCAUCACACCUCCCCACCACACCUCCUCACCACACCUCCCCACCACACCUCCCCACCACACCUCCCCAUCACUCUCCCCACCACACCUCCCCACCACACCUCCCCAUCACACCUCCCCACCACACCUCCCCACCACACCUCCUCACCACCACACCUCCCCAUCACACCUCCUCACCACACCUCCCCACCACACCUUCCUACUAG